CUCAUUUUCACAGACACAAACGCAUGCGCAAUGAACUUGGCAUGCACAGAUCACCCUCAUGAGAACAAAGCACAAGAUCCAUGGAUUUUCCUUCUCUCAUCUCUUGGCUUCCUCGUCCUCCUCAAGCACGCCCUCUUUUUCCUCCAAUGGGUUCACUCCACCUUCCUCAGACCCCCCAAAGACCUCGUCAAGUACGGCCCUUGGGCUCUCGUCACCGGUUGCACCGACGGCAUCGGCAGAGCCUUCGCCCUCCACUUGGCCCAGAGAGGGCUCAACCUCGUCCUCGUGAGCCGGAACCGUGAAAAGCUCAAGACGGUCUCGAACGAGAUCGAGACGAGCUUUCCCAGCAUCGAGACGAGGAUUGUGGCUGUGGAUUUCUCCAAGGACGCGUCGUCCUACGUUCGGUCGAUCGAGGAGGCGAUACGAGGUCUAGAUAUUGGCGUCUUGAUAAACAAUGUGGGGAUUACGUACCCCGGCGCGUGCUUCUUCCACGAGGUCGAGGAACGAGUGUGGAGGGAGAUUGUGAGAGUGAAUGUGGAGGGAACUGCCAGGGUUACGAGAGCGGUGGUUCCGGGGAUGGUCCAAAGGAGGAGAGGCGCGGUUGUGAGUAUCGGUUCGGGAGCCGCGACCGUUGUUCCUUCUCACCCUCUCUUCGCAAUUUAUGCUGCUACAAAAGCCUUCAUUGACCAACUGUCGAGAUCGCUGCAUGUGGAAUACAAGCUUCACGGCGUUGAUUUCCAGUGUCAGGUCCCUCUAUAUGUGGCAACAAGAAUGGCAUCCAAAGUGGCGUCAAUAGAGAGCAAAUCCACGUUUGUCCCAUCAGCGGACGAGUACGUGCGAGCCGCGAUCGACCACAUUGGUUACGAGCCACGGUGUACGCCCCACUGGGCUCACUCGCUCCAGUGGUGUUUUGCUCGUUUUGUCCCUGAUCGUGUUCUUGACGCAUGGCGCCUUUCGAUUGGUCUUAAAAGGAGAGAGAAAAGGCAAUCAUGAAUGUUAGAAGAACUGAAAUAUUCGCUAUAAGAUGGUGAAGCUACUAAGUUGGGUUCUGUUAUAAUCAAUGUGAAAUAUCAAAUGAUUACUCUUGUGGAUUAUGUUAAGGAAUGCUUUAAAAGUACUUGGUAAAUAUU